AGGAGCUUGUUAGUCUACAGCUAGCGGAGUGCAACACUCGGGUGGGCGGAUCGUAGCGGUGUGACAGCAAAACGCUCGCAGACUCUCCCGACUAAAACUGUCAAAAAGCGGACAACUAACGCCAUGGCGGAGUUAGACUUGAGUCUGAGCGACGCGCUGACGGACAGCGUCCCCCAGCCGGGCCCAGAGAGCCUGGUGGAGAGGGACUUUGUGGCUCAGCUGGAGGCGGAGGCCUUCGACGACCAGGUCGGGGAGACGGUGGGGAAGACAGACUACGUGCCCCUGCUGGACAACGACGACACCAGGGCAGACGCGGGUGCUACGUUGGAGAAUGGAGAGCAGGAAGCUCAUGGGGUGCAAAAGCCUGGUUGUAAGCUGACGGCGGGUGGACAGACAUCAGUGCUGCGCCCGGAGCCGCAGGGAGAGGUGCGGCCACGCUCGCUCGACCAGCAGCAGGCCUCGGCUACAGACUUCUUAUCAGCCUCCAUGGCAGGGUACUCUGAUCCUCUGGGCUCUCACACCAGCCCUGCUCAAAUGAUGGAGACUGGCCGGAUGGAAGCUUUUUCAGGUUUCUCCCAGCCUGGUGGGAUGGGGGUCAACGUGGAGGUGGGGGCCGCCCCCCUCUCAGCAGAGAGGAAACCAAGUAUAGCCGAACCACAGCAUCCCACCCCCCCAGCGGGUUCAGAAGCCCCUAAAGAGCACAGCCCCAUGCUGCCUGAACCCCAGACUCCUCGCAGCCCUCUGGAUGUGUCAGCAGGUGCCUUAGGCGACUGCUGGCCGGAAGAGGCUGGCUGCCUGCCGACAGACCUCCCUUUCAGCCCCAGUGUCUCCACGGUGAUCAGUCGCCAUGCCGGCCAUCUCGCCGUCAGCCCCGACGAGCCACCCGACGGUUGGCCUAGCCGAGAGAGCACUGCCUAUGCUGGAGGCGACGAAAGGGAGGCAGAAGGCUCAGACCGAAAACAGAAGAGGAAGAAGAAGAGGAGACAGAAAGAUGAGGAGCACCUUGAGAGCAGGAGUCCUCCUGAGGUGCAAACACAGGGAGAAAACACUACCCCAACAGAGGAGUUCUACAGCAGGAUCGGGCCUAGGCGGGAUAGAGGAGAUGGUGGCUGGGAGGAUCAGCUGGGGAAGAGUGGAGGAGGCCGGGGGAAGAAGGGUAAGAGCAGGAAGAAGCUUCCCGAGGAGUGGGGAGUGGCGGCUGAACCGUUUGUCCCUUCGGCCGCAGUGAUCUCUCAAAUCAAAGAGGAGGUGAUGGUGGAUCUAGGGAGUUCUGUUCAGGCAAACACGGAGGCCUUCGACAUGGACACCAGCCGGAGCCCCUGGAAACAGGAGAUCUUCUCUGAAGAAGGCCUGAUCCCCUCCCCCCUGUCUCAGGACCUAUUCUCCCCAACAGCUGCUACCCUCAUCCCACUGGUCCUGAACAGCGAGCUGAAAGCCACAGCAGCUCCGUUCACUAUGCCCUCCACCACCACCGACAGUGCAACACCUGGCAACUUCCCCAUGGCUCCUCGUCCUGAUGAUCCAUUUGACCUCCUGAUGGAUACUGAAAAUGCAAGUUUAGGUGACAGCAGCCAGGCCUUUUCACCUGGUGGUGAUGUCGUCGACAGCGGGAUGUUUGAUAAUACCAGUUCCUUCCAAGAGUUUUGUGUGCAAGGCAUGCCCGAGGAAGACACCUCUGCUUUCAGCCCGGCCUCCCAGCCGAGCCCGGGCGUUCCCCCAAAAGGCGAGGUGUUGGCCUCGGCCCCACCUCUCUCACCUUCAGAUUCUUCAUGGCUCCUGAACGACUCCAACACAAGCGGCAAGAGCGAUUUAUUUGACUUCAGUGACGUGAGUGCAGCAGGUCGUCCUUCAAACUUAGGGCUGUCCUUCGACACUCCCAGCCCAGCCCCUCUCCGCUCCCCAAAAACCACGGCGCAGGAAUUCCAACCCAAAGAGCACAAAGAUGCCAAAUCAGCUCAGAAGCAAUCCAAGAAGUCUCGCUCUUCAUCUUCCUCCUCCUCUGUAAAGAGUCCCACAUCCCCAGGAGCAAAGAAUUUCCCUCCACAAGCAUCCCCACUCGUCAGCCCUUCUUCCCCUCCAUCUGCCACCCCAGGAUCUGGUCUUAACCCUACAGCUAAGCCCUUCUUUCCCAGCUUCGCUGAUCCCAUGGAAGAACCAGCAGUGGUCCCUCCAGUUGCCCCCAUCAUCGAAGUAAAAUCCGACAAGACGGAGAAGACAGAGAAGAAGGAGGAGAAGCUGGAGGACAACAUAAAGAAGGUGGACCUGUUCGACCCUCUGGAUAAUGCUGAGCAGAAGAGCGUGAAGGUGGAGUACGCGUUCAGUGAGACUCCAGCCAUGUUGGAGAAAGAGAUGGAGAAGGAAAAAGAGAAGGAGAAAGAGGCAGAAAAGGUGAAAGAGAACGAGAACGAGAAAGGGAUAAAAGUUAAAGAGGAGAAGGAGACAGACAAAGUGAAGGUGACGGAGAAACAGACAGAAAAGGUGGAAGAGAAAAAGGAGACAGAAAAGGAGAAAGUGAAAGUGGAUUGGAUGCAGCAGAACACAGAUGAAGAGGAUAAAAUGAAAAAGGGAGAAGAAUCACCAGAUAAACUGGUGAAGACAGACAAAGUAGGAAGCGUGACAGUAGUCGAGAGCAAAAUGGAGAAAACAGAGAAUUUGGAGAAGGUGGACAAAAAUGAAAAGGCCAAAGUGGAAGAAAAAGCAGAGAACAAAAACACUGAGAAGCUUGAGAAAACAGACAUGAAGGAUGUCAAAGAGCAGCAGGAUGACAAAGUGGAGAAGACCCCAGAGCAACAGCCGGCACCCGUCGAACUGGAGAAGGAGGACACGGAGACAAAGACGACACCAGAGGUGGAGGACGCCAAGAAAGAAAAGGCUGACACAGACAUAGCAAAUAAGACAGAGAAAGAGGCCAAGGCGGAGAAAGAGGCCGAGGCAGAUAAACUGGUGGAGAAACCGGCCGAGAAGCCAGCCGAGAAGCCGGCGCAGAAGAGCGAUAAGGAGGAGAAGCAGGACAAAGUGCCGGCCAACAAAAAGACUGUGGAGAAAAAGGAUGAAAAGAAGGACAAGGCUGCAAAAGCAGACGGAGGAGAGAAGGCCAAGAAAGCAAAACCUGCAACCAAUGGAAGCAGCGCCACACCGAGCAGAGACCUGGCUAGUGCAGACAAGAAGACCAAGCCUGCUGCCGGGGCGACCAAACCGAGCCUUGCUGCUAAAACGCGUCCGGGUACCACAGCUGCUGCUGGUGGUCCAGCUCCUAUUAGGCGCCCCCUAUCCUCCACCACCACCACCUCCAUCUCAGACAAAAAACCAACCACCGCCAAGGCACCAACCACAGCCGCCAAGGCACCAACCACAGCCGCCAAGGCACCAUCUACAGCCGCUGCUGGUCCGAAGCGGCCCUCCGUCACUUCUACCAGCCGCCUUGCGUCCUCCACCACCACCACUGCACGUGAUGUCAGACCCAAGACGACUAUAGAGAAGCGCCCCCUUGUGCCAAAGGCCAGCACCGCCACCUCAGCAGGCUCCACCGCCGCCGCCACCAGAAACGGAACCGCUACCACAACAGCAAGUAAAACCGCUACAUCAGUGCGCACAACGGCGUCUACUCGCACCACUGCUACCACUGCAGCCAGAAAGCCUCUGGCCUCCAAGACAGACAGCAAACCAGGAGAGGAGAAGAAGCCCGGCACUCUGAGGACUUCUACAGCCGACUCUACCAAGCCGAAGACCACCACCACCACCACCAGCCGCAGCACUACUUCCACCAUCGCUGCCUCUCGCACUCGAACCACAGCAGCCAAACCGGCCACACCCUCCUCCACCACUGGCACAGCACCAGAGAAGAAGCCCACGGUGCCCCGCACCGCCCGGCCCACUUCUUCAACCCUAACCUCCACCACCACCACCUCCAGGACCACGGCUCGGCCCAGCACUGCACCGGCCCCUGACAUCCGUAACGUCCGCUCUAAGAUCGGCUCUACAGACAACAUGAAGCACCAGCCCGGAGGAGGGAAGGUGUCAUCUGCCUCUCAGAGCAGGGGCGUCCUCUCCAAAGAAACGAGCCUGGGCAAAGUUCACAUAAAAACCAAAAAGCUGGACUUCAGCCACGUCGCUUCACGCUUGGGCUCCAAGGACAAUAUGAAGCAUGUUCCUGGUGGAGGGAAUGUGCAGAUACUCAACAAGAAGGUGGAUGUGAGUAAGGUGACAUCAAAGUGCGGCUCCAAGGACAACAUCAAGCACAAGCCAGGCGGUGGCUCCGUGAAGGUCGAGUCCCACAAAGUGAGUUUCAGGGAAAAGGCUCAGUCCAAAGUGGGCUCCACGGACAACGUGAGCCAUUCACCUGGUGGAGGAGACAUCAAGGCUGAGGGGGCUCAGGAGACAACAGAGGGGAAUGGGACUCCCCUUAGUGGCACCGCGGCUCCGGCCCCAGGCUCCGAGCCAGGGCAGGCAGGGAGCCCUGCUGCCCAGGAGAAUGGGCUGAAGGAGGGGGCUCCCUGUGAUAGUGAGGGCCUCCGGGAGCCCCAGGCUCUGGACACUCUCAUCCCAGAGACAAAUUGAGUGUUUCAAGCUCAACUUCCGCGAGAAUGCUCGCUCUCGCACGGACCACGGCGCCGACAUCAUCACCUGGCCGCCCCCCCAGGACGACAACAGACCCCACCCACACGGUUCCUCCCACUCUCUACACCACCACCACCACCCGACUCCUCGCAGCGUCUCCCUCG